AAACUCUUGCCCAGCCAGGUCCAUUACCACUGUCGCUGCUCUUAGUACAGUACAUGGUACCUGCUACCAAGGACUUACUAUGCAGGACCUUGCGUCCAUUCUCGAUAAAGUCAUGGACGACCUUUUUUUGCCUUGUUCACUGCGAUCAGAUAUGGCCUUCAGAGAUGUCCUCUCCAAUCCAAUCACCUUCACAGCUUUAGCUGUAAUCCUCUCUCUUCUACUACUAGUCCAAGUCCUCAUUAGAAAGUUGAAGAAAAAGCAGAGAAAGAAGCAAUACCAUCCUGUUGGUGGCACGAUCUUUCGCCUGCUUCUCAACUUCACUAGAGGGCAUGAUUACUUGGCUGAUCUUGCUGGGAAAUAUAGGACUUACAGGUUGCUCAACCCUCUCAGAAACAUGAUUUUCACUGCAGACCCGUCAAAUGUUGAGUACAUACUCAAAACAAACUUUGAAAAUUAUGGCAAGGGAGAUUAUAACCACGACAAAUUAAGGGAUUUACUAGGCAAUGGAAUUUUCACUGUUGAUGGUGAGAAGUGGAGCCAGCAAAGAAAGAUUUCAAGCUAUGGAUUCUCCAGAAAGGUUUUAAGGGAUUUUAGCAGUGUGGUCUUCCGGAAUAAUGCGGCAAAACUUGCAAAUAUUGUGUCUGAAGCUGCAAAAUCCAGCCAGUCAAUGGAUAUACAGGAUCUGUUCAUGAAAUCAUCCUUGGAUUCAAUAUUUAAAAUUUUAAUUGGAGUUGAGCUAGACAGCUUGUGUGGCUCUUAUGAAGAAGGCAUCAAAUUUUGCAAUGCUUUUGACGAUGCAAACGCAUUGUCCCUUUGGCGAUAUGUAGAUGUGUUGUGGAAGAUCAAGAGGUUUCUAAACAUUGGAUCCGAAGCUACAUUAAAGAAACAUAUCAAAGUGGUUGAUGAUUUCGUUUACAAGCAAAUCAAUAGUAAACUAGAGCAAACGCACAACUUGAAAGAUGAUUUCUCGAAAAAGAAAGAAGACAUUUUAUCAAGGUUCAUGCAAGUGAAUCAGGCUGAUCCAACAUACUUACGAGACGUAGUUCUUAACUUUGUGAUUGCUGGCAGAGACACAACAUCAGCUACUCUAUCAUGGUUCAUCUACAUGCUCUGCAAAAAUCCUGCUGUGCAGGAAAAGGUUGCAAAGGAGGUAAGAGAAGUGACUGAAGGGAAACAAACCAAAAAUUUUGCAGAUUUUGCGACCAGCGUUGAUGAAGAAGCUCUAGAAAAGAUGAAUUAUCUCCAUGCAACUAUAACUGAAACCCUCAGACUCUAUCCUGCUGUGCCUGUGGAUGCAAAAACUUGCUUUGCUGAUGAUAUUAUGCCAGAUGGUUUUAGCGUGAGCAGAGGAGAUAUGGUGGCUUACAUACCUUACGGCAUGGGCCGGAUGAAAUUCAUUUGGGGUGACGACGCUGAGGAGUAUAAACCUGAGAGGUGGCUUAAUGAGGACGGUGUGUUUCGCCAACAAAGCCCUUUCAAGUUUACAGCCUUUCAGGCAGGGCCACGAAUUUGUCUUGGAAAGGAAUUUGCCUAUAUGCAAAUGAAGAUCUUCUCAGCUGUCUUGUUGGAUUAUUUCAUUUUCAAAUUAAGGGAUGAAAACAAACCUGUCAAUUGCAGGACAACGUUCAACCUUCGCAUUGAUGGAGGGCUCCAUGUUUAUGCGCUUGAUAGAUAAAAAAAAUAGUUAAUGUUGUCUUGAAACUGUAUAAUGAAUCUUGCUAAGAACCUGUUUCGCAUUAAUGUUAUAUAUAAAUGCCGAGAUUGAAUAUAAUUAUUGUUGUUUAUAA